AUGGCAUGGGCAAAACGGCAAACCCCCAAGAGAGCCGGUGAGAGAGGCCACAUGCAGCCGAUGAAGAGGGAGAAACCCCUAGGCGCAGCACCCGAGCGCCCAUCAACACGCACCAUCCAUGAUCCACUACAGCCAUCCGAUGACCCCUCUCAGCAGCCUUACAGGCAUCCAGUGCCCAGCAAGAAGAGCCGCUCCUCGGAGAAACAAGGCCUGACACUGAGCCACAACUCUCCACGACUGUCUGCUGCCGACUCUCCCACGGGCCGUCAUAACGGACAGAGGAAGCAAAAAAGCCACUCCUCGACAAGGCAUCACCGGCAUCUCCAGGACCGACCUGAAGCUCCAACCACCUGGAAGGUAUGCUCCCGAUGGCGCAGACCGCAACAGCAUAACACCAGGGAGGCUGCACAGGGGCCUAUGCUAACAUAUACCGCAGUGAGACACGAAUUUCAUGACCAAGAGGCUGAGGGACAGGAUGCACAUAGACUUCUGCGUCAACCUAUGAUCCUCAUACAAGGCUACACCGCUAUGGGGAACAACAACAUGCCAGCUGCAGGCGUGGGCUAA